GCUUUAUUGGGCAAAGAUUUCCUCUGUGAGAACUUCAGCCUGAUUGCUGAGACUUUUUGGGAAAAGUCUUUGUGAGUUGAGGAGGGUAUAGGUGUCAUGCCAGCUAUGAAGACCAGUAUCCUGCUUAUGUUCUUUUGGGGGUUGUCCUGUGCUCUUCCAGUAGCCAGGUAUCAAAAUACUGAAUCCAAGAGCUCACAAGAAUGGAAGGAUAAUUUGGCUCAAACACCAGCACCACCCUUGGAGAGCAGUGAGUCAUCAGAAGAAAGUAAAGUUAGCUCAGAGGAACAGGUAAAUGAAGACCCCAGUGAUAGCGCUGAAUCAGAAGAGGGUCUCGGCCUUGAUGGCCAUCAGUAUGUUCAUAGAACAGCUGGUGGCCUCUCUAGGAAUGGAGGAAAAGAAGGAAUUGAUAAAGAUGAUGAUGAAGAUGACAGUGGAGAUGACACCUUUGGUGAUGAUGACAAUGGCCCAGGACCUGAAGCGAGACCAGGAGAUAGCUCCAGACUCAACAGUGAUGAGGACUCAGCUGACACCACACAAUCCAGUGAAGAUAGCGCCUCUAGUGGGGAAGACAGUGCCCAAGAUACCACCAGCGAGAGCAGGGACCUUGACAGUGAGGAUGAGAUGAACAGCAGGCCUGAGAGAGAGGACUCCACUCCAGAGAGUGAGAGUGAGGAGCACUGGGUGGGCGGCGGCAGGGAGGGGGAUAGCAGCCACGGGGAUGGCUCUGAGUUUGAUGAUGAAGGGAUGCAGAGCGAUGACCCAGACACCAUCAGGAGUGAGAGAAGCCACUCCAGAAUGAACAGCGCCAGUGUCAAAGCCAAAGAAUCAAGCCCUCAGGAUUCAGGGGAGAGCCAAUCAGUGGAGUACCCCAAUGGGAAAAUUUUCAGGAAGUCCCGCAUCUCUGUGGAAGAUGACACAGGUGACCUUGACGAUAGCAACACAAUGGAAGAAGUCAAGAGUGACUCCACAGAAAGCACCAACUCCAACGAAGCAAGCCUCAGCCAAUCCAGGGAAAACAGCAAGAGUGAAUCUCAAGAAGACAGUAAGGAGACUGAGUCCCAGGAAGACAGUCAAACUGUAGAAGACCCCAGCAGUGAGUCUAGUCAAGAGCUUGACCUGCCAUCUCAAGAAACCAGUAGUGAAUCUCAGGAAGAGGUAGUAUAUAAGUCCAGGGGUGACAAUCCAGAUAAUACCUCCAGCCACUCAGAAGAAAGUCAGGAAGACAGUGACUCCAGUGAAGAGGACAGCUUGAGCAAACCCUCCAGUUCAGAAAGCAAAUCCACAGAGGAGCAAGCUGACAGCGAAUCUAAUGAGAGCCUCAAAUAUUCAGAGGAAAGCUCGGAGUCCACUGAGGAGGAGAACAGUUCUAGCCAGGAGGGCCUCCAGUCUCGCAGUGCCUCCACAGAGAGCCAGAGCGAGGAGAGCCAGUCUGAGGAAGAUGACAGCAGUGAUUCUCAGGACCGGAGCCAAUCACGAGAAGACAGCAACUCUACUGAGAGUAAGUCAAGCAGUGAGGAAGACGGCCAGUUAAAAAACACUGAGAUAGAAAGCAGAAAAUUAACAGUUGACACUUAUCACAACAAGCCCAUUGGGGAUCAAGAUGACAAUGACUGUCAAGAUGGCUAUUAACAUCAGCUUUCCUAAGAAGUGGCUCUCACGUAAAGGAGUCUUGGGGGUUGGAGAGUAGAGAAAUAAUUAUAACUAUAAUUUAUUGAUGUUUUAUUUUUUAUCAGAAGGAUAACCACAAGCCAUUUCUUUCUGAAAGGAAAUGCUGAACAUUAUAUCUGUUUCCAGAGUGUCACCAACCAAAGAGGUGUAGAUAAUGUGGAAUGACACCAGAACACACUCCAUGAGACUGGAAGCCAGGAAAGAUGUGCAUCAUAGCUUCACAGCUGAAAUAGUUCCUAACUCAUGAACCUAACAAUUAGUUACUGAGGUUCUAUUAUGUACCAGGCACUGUGCUAGGUUCUGGGGAUAUAAAGAAGCUUAAGAUUUGUUUCUUGCUCCUGGGGAGCUUACAGAGGGAAAAUAAAGCUAAAGAGCUAAAGAGGAAUACAUAUGAGGGAAACAAGAUUUACUACAAUUCCAUGUGGUGAGUGCUAUAACAGGGGGAUGAACAAAAUAUGUGACAGCAUAGAAGAAGGUAACCAAGUUUGCUUUGGAGAAUCAGGGAAGCGAGGGCUUCACAGCAGAGAAGACACUGGAGUCGGAGCAUUGUGCAGGAUUUCUCCAUUGAAGAUAAAAAAUUCCAUUUAUUCUUGGAAUAAACAGUAGUAAAUCUUAUAUUAUUGAAUAUUUAGUUUGUGAGAGCACUUUCACAUUAUGAACCAGAGAGGUGUUUGGGAUAAACAAAACUUUUUUUUUCCAACUAAUUUAUCAUUUUAGAUGUUUUUUUUGUGUGGAACUCCCAUGAACCUCACCUCAUUGACUGCUGGUAAUGAUAUGGAUUAGAUUGGGAGAGUGGAAGCAGGAAAUUCCUCUUUAAAGAAAUAACUUUUAGCUUUAUUUUUUUUCUAAAAUCAGUCUAUGUGCAAUACAAGAAAAACUGUCCUCUGAGUUCUUUACAUACAUUGCACAUAAAAUUGUGUAUAUAGAAUUCAAUUGAUUUUUGCCAAAUACCCUUUGAAAUGUUACCUCAACAUAAAAUAUUUGUUUUGUAAUAAAGAUAAUAAUACCCAAAA